UUCCUGGCUCUGAAUGCACAGCUGUCCCGUGCGCUUCAUCCUCUCUUUUCUCCUGCGCGUCAACUCUCCAGAAAGGAGUGCGUUUCAUCUCUGUCAGCGUUUGCACUCCAUGUGCAAACAUCAGCACUCGUUUGUUUGGCCUUUCCUCGGAGUUUGUAGAGUUAGUCUUCUGCGGUUCUUGACAUCACCCUGAUGGUCUUUUUCGCUCGUGCGCGCUCCACCCCGAGUGUCGGACCAGAGGAGCGCUGGACCAGAGAGGCGCGCGAGGAGGGGAGAGCGAGCUGAUGUUAGCGGCUGUGGCGAGUCUGUCUCUGACAUUUGAAACUAGGAAAUAGCUUAGACGAACUUAAUGACUGUAUGCUUAUAACUUUUCUUUGAUCUAGUUUGUUCAGAGAAUACAUUAUUACACCAUUACGCGCUCGCUUGCUUUGUAGCCUUCUUCAGUGAUUUAUAUGCGCAUGUGAAGCAUGUUUAUGGAUACUUUCCCUGUUCUGGUACUAGUGAUGACAGGUUAGCAGCUGUACUCGGUUGUUUACUUGGACUUAGUUACUAUGUGUAAUCACUUCUCUGCACCCGGCUGAUUACUUAUCACACCUGGCUCUUUUACAAUGAUCGCUGAAGGUCGGGUUUUAACGCGACGCACUUGUCCCACAACUGUACUUUUUUCUUUUGCGAUCGUGACUUGAUUUGUACAUAACUUUAAACUCUUGAAAUCGAGACUAAACACAUGGUCUUGAUUCUGACUCAUGUGUUUUGAUCGGUUGACUACCUUAAGUCCACUUCAAAACCAGGGCAAACAAUGACUUGGGCAAAACUUUGCCGUGCGCCCCUGUGCGUUUGAUUCACUGAGGAAAGUGAUCAAAGCGCCAAAUCCUAUGUAGUUGAUCUGCGUCCUGUGUCUGAAGAUGUUAGGAAGCCCGUCCAACAACGGCGGCAUCAGAAUGCUUGUGCCCCCGGCUCCGAGCGACGACAGGCGGGUUGAGUUUGUCGCUCUCACCGCUGUCCACACGGAGAUGAGCGAGCCUUCCACCCCCGAGCGUGGACAUCCGUCUCACCGCACAGGUCUGCUGGGCACCCCGCUGCCCGGGCCGCCGGGACCCCGGGCCAACGCGUCCGCUCCAAGUAAACGCUUCCGAAAGUUGCAAAACUGUCUGUACAACGUGCUGGAAAGACCAAGAGGAUGCGCUUUCAUCUACCACGCGUUCAUUUUCCUGCUUGUGUUCAGCUGUUUGGUGCUCUCCGUCUUCUCGACCAUCCCCGACCACCAGAAGUUCGCCAACCAAGGCCUCUUCAUUCUGGAGUUUGUGAUGAUUGUGGUGUUUGGUUUGGAGUACUUCAUCAGGGUCUGGGCAGCUGGCUGUUGCUGCAGAUACAGAGGAUGGCAGGGACGGCUGAGAUUUGCCAGGAAGCCCUUCUGUGUCAUAGACUUCAUAGUAUUUGUGGCCUCACUGGCUGUGAUAGCAGCAGGUACGCAGGGGAACAUAUUUGCCACGUCAGCCCUGCGCAGCAUGCGAUUUCUGCAGAUCUUGCGUAUGGUUCGUAUGGACCGACGGGGAGGCACCUGGAAACUACUGGGCUCAGUGGUUUACGCGCACAGCAAGGAGUUGAUUACAGCGUGGUACAUCGGUUUCCUGGUCCUGAUCUUUGCAUCUUUCCUCGUCUACCUGGCAGAGAAAGACGACAACUCAGACUUCAACACCUAUGCAGACUCCCUCUGGUGGGGGACAAUUACUCUAACCACUAUCGGCUACGGAGAUAAGACUCCUCGAACCUGGCAGGGACGGCUCCUAGCUGCCGGCUUUGCCCUCCUGGGAGUCUCCUUCUUUGCCCUGCCUGCAGGAAUUCUGGGGUCAGGCUUUGCUCUGAAGGUUCAGGAGCAGCACCGGCAGAAGCACUUUGAGAAGAGAAGGAUGCCUGCUGCAAACUUGAUACAGGCUGCAUGGCGUCUCUACUCUACAGAUGCCAAACACUCCUAUCUGACAGCUACGUGGUACUUCUAUGACAGCAUGCUGCCUUCAUUCAGAGAACUGACGCUCCUGUUUAGUCACCUCCAGAGACAACGUAACAACAAGAAGGUUCUCCACAACUCCUACCACACGAUGCUGUCUGGGCUGCGGCCCUACAGCUCCCCCUACCUGUCGGGGGACAGGAAGGCAGAAACUCCAUGCAGCAGUAAGAUGGGAUUCCGGGAUCGAAUCAGGAUGAACAAUUCCCGAUCAUCCCAAACUAUCAAGAAUAAAGCGUCACCGCUGCCCCCUGGCUCUGGGGUUCGCCGCUCACCCAGCCAGGAAAACGUCCCAGAGGCUACCAGCCCAGGGAAGGUCCAGAAGAGCUGGAGCUUCAACGACCGCACACGCUUUCGAACUUCCCUACGCCUCAAACCACGUCCACCCGUUGAUGUGGAGGGGGUUGGUGAGGACAGUAUGGAGGACAAACCCUAUUGUGAUGUGGCCAUGGAAGAAGUGAUCCCUGCAGUUAAGACUCUCAUACGGGCUGUCAGGAUCUUGAAGUUCCUUGUAGCAAAGAGGAAGUUUAAGGAGACACUGCGGCCAUAUGAUGUGAAGGAUGUCAUAGAGCAGUACUCUGCAGGGCACCUGGACAUGCUGGGACGUAUCAAGAGUCUACAGAUGAGAGUGGACCAGAUAAUUGGGCGAGGAGCUGUGCAGUCUGAUAAGAAGGCUCGCCCUGAAAAGGGAGAGAAGACGCCACCGGAACUGGAUCCACUGGAUGAGCUGAGCAUGAUGGGGCGUGUGGUCAAGGUGGAGAAACAGGUCCAGUCUAUAGAGAACAAGCUGGACCUCCUGCUUAACUUCUACACUCAGUGCCUAAAGAAAGGCUCCUCUAACUUCACUCUAUCCUCCCUCCUGGACCCCGACCUGACAUCUGAUUACCACAGCCCCACGGACCAAAGAGACCUCUUCCCCUCGGCCAAUACGCUCAAUAUCUCUCAGUCAGAGAGCGGGAACUUGGAAUGACAGUGAGCUGAGCAGUCUAUGGGGCUGUUCGAACACAAAGACCUUUACAGAACGUCUUCCUGUGGCUGAGUUCUCAACCCGAGCAGCUGAACCUUAACGUCUUCAUCACUUCAUUUCAUUUCAUAUCAUUCUGCGAUGAUUUCUUUUCUUCUCUCCCUCCUCUGUCUCCUGAAAUGAAUGUGUUUCCAGAGCUGAUUCAGACAGAGGCCACCAGAGGGCCUCAGCCAAAGCUGCUCACCGCACACACGCCUCUCAACACAAGAUGAUGAGGUUGAAGAGUGAACACAUGAAGAACUAUGAAUGACUACUGAACCACUCUCACCCACUCACCUUAUGCUCUAUAUAGUUAUGUCAACUUCACAGCUUCAAAUCAGACUUUAAACUUUGGAUUUUUGUAAACUUUUUGAGAAAUCUCAUCGGAUAUUUCUCUUUUUCUUGUCUGCUUCAAUCGCCUGAGUGAGAAAAGUUGACCCGAUGCUGGAGAUUUGUAAUGGGUCCCAAUGUCAAAUGUUGGAAUCACACAACAACAAAAAAACAACAAAAGUGCAAAAGGAGUCCACAGUGCAGUUAUGAUCUGCUCCUUCAGACCUGGACAUGCAUACCUGGCCUACAGUCGCCUCCCCAAACCACCAAAUCCUCCACAGACAGUUCACCUUCAAACCCAAAACAAGGUAUUCUCACUGAGUGGAUCCUGCUCUAAAUGACUCAAACUUGUCAGAUGAAAACAAAUGGAAGAAUGUGUUGAAACGACUGAUAUGUACAGCACUUUUAGUUUGUUCUGUUCCUAAUAAGCCCACAUGCAAAAAACUAAAAUAAAAGGGAUGUUAUUCCCUGUUUGGCUGACCUGUUGGUCCUUCCUAUUUAGGUUUUACUAGAGACAAAAUGUCCUUUUGUGCAAAAAUCCCCUUUUGCAAUAUCUAGAGGCCACUGUAUCUGAAAAUAUUUUAGUAAGCUUUUCUGAUCAAGACUCCCCUCAAGCCUCUCUGUCUUGCAGCCUAUCCUCCAGACAUGCAUGUUCCUCAGGCCAGUCCUGUAGAUAACACUCACUGAGGCUCAGUCAGAAUUUAGACAUCCAGCCUAAUGUCAGCAGUGAGAUGUUUCACAACCUCACAGUUCUCCCUCUUACAGCCAUCAGAAGACAUGUGCUCAGUCAGCAGCUGUGGAGACUUUCUGCCCAUUUUGGGGCAAUUUUAAUAAAAUACCAAGCCUCUUAGAUGUCCAGGUCUAACGCAUGAACUCCAGGCUAUUAUCCUCAUGAAUGCGCAAGUGUUAGGAAAUCCAGGACCCAGCCUUACAGCAUCACAACUGCAUCCACUCAUAAACUGUCACUGUCGGUCCACUAUAGUCUCUUCAGCAGUAUUUUCUGGUUCUUUCUACAAGUUUCUUGAUGCACAUCUGUGCUCGUGGACAAAACUGGAGAGUGCAAAAAUGCACAUACACACACAUGAAUACACAAUGUAAGCAAUUCAUUUUCUUAAAUUAUCUGCACUUGAUGAAUAUGACACACUUUUGUCUUUGUUUUAAUUUCUUUACUGUAAAUCUGUUCAUGCACUUGAUUUUUAUGUAACCUAUAAUAGCAAAUUUUCUAUUUUUUUUAUGAUUUUGGUUGUUAAAGUGAAUGUAGAAUUUUAAAUUAAUAUAUUUAAUUUAGUCAGAUAGGGUCUUGAAAUAAAUGUAGCAUUUUUAUGUCAAAAUGAAUCCUGAAUGGUGACACCUGUAACAACACACAGCUGAUCAGGUUCAUAUUCACAGAGCUCUAUGUCUAUUUUCUAAUGUUGUCAGAUAAUUGCUGCCAGCUUGGACACAUAAAUCAUUCAUCCUGCUGUAGUUGGCCAGUGAAAACACUAAUUCUUUCCUUGCAAGUGAUUCAUUUAUAUGAUCCGGUCAAGCCAGUUGACUCAGGUGCUCCACUUUUCCAUUUACACCAAGUCUAGACUCCAUAGCUCGGUCUAUUUAGACCUAUGAAUGGCACUUCAGAUUUCUACAGGCAUUAUGCAACUUAUGCAUUUGUUUUAUGUAGAAGUGAUAGACAGCUUUUGCCUAAAUUAUAGCAGAGAUGCCUACCUAAUAGAGGCAUAAUUAGAUUGUCAUUUCAUUGUCAAUUGGAAUGCUGAGCUUCAUUAAAAGGUUGGUGAAACCCCUGUAUUGCAUGUUGUUGUCAGUGUUGGCCCCAGUAUUAGAGGAAAAAAAGAAUGAGAGGAAAUGAUCUGUGCCUUCUGCUUCCUCGUUCUCUAACCUUUAAAGGUUAGUUGUUGUUUUUUUAAACCUGAGUUAUAAAAUCCUUCAAAAAUUGUUCUGAUGUAUAAUUUUAGGGUGUAAAUCUUCAAUGACUGCUGCAAACUUUGAUCUUUUUCUGACAGUAUUCUGAACCUGUAUAUUCAACACAUGACUGAACCAGGACCUCCUCUCUUCAACACCCUUACUGUAAUUUAACACCAGGAGGCACAGACAUCUGUAUUAUCACAGAAAACUCUGCAGGCAUGUCUCCUUUCAUAAGCAUGUCACAGUAGAGAAAAAUGGCUUCCACACAACUACCUCUGAGGUCACUAGGGGGCGCUAGUCUAGAAACCUGAGUAUGAGAAUCCGUAGGUGAUUUUCUAACUGACUGAAUGCAAUGCAUGACUCAAUGUGCACGUUCUCUUCUCCACUCUGUUCUUCUUCAUGACUUCCAAACCAUCGUUCACUGACUUGCUGCCAUUUUGACAUUCCAGCUCGUUGCCCUUUAACUGGUAGGUUUAUGGAACUGUUGUUAAAAUGAAACACAAACUGAUCAAAGCAAUAAGCAAAACCAACAAAGUCUUCCAAUUCCAAGACGUUGAGAUACCGGAUUUUAAAAAAUAGAGCUUAUCUUGUUUUUUAAUCUAUGUACACUUCUAUUUGAUCCUUAAAGAAUUACAAAAUGUAUAUCUGCUGAGAUUAGAAUUAGCUCACUUGACUAACUUAUUAAUUUAUUUGUUUCAAUAAAGCUCUUUGGACUGUA